UCUACGGUGUAACCCCGCCUCUCGCCCAAUGACAGCUGGUAGCCGCUCCAGCCUGCCUGCAACCUUUGGACGGGAAAAGCGGUAAAGAUAAUGGAUGGAUGGACAUAACAUAUCUGUCCACGAGCUCUUGUUGGUAACAGCUUUUCUCUGGACGCCGGUUUCCCUCCGUCACCUAUUUUCGGUGCAGUUGUCGCCCACAGGCUUCCCUGAUGUUGACUGGAAUUUGAAUUAGGCGCCAUGAGCGCGAUGGGAAACGGCAGGUUUGUAAAUUAUGGAAUCUGUCCAGAAGAUAUCAGUGUUGGUGAGUCACUAAUGAUCUCAAAGUUAUUUUAUGAAACUUGGACCUGAUAAGCUGUAGUGAUAAAUCUCCUCCCCCUCACCUGACUCACCUGAGACAACCAGUAAGAGUAAAUGAUAUUAUAGUUAUAUAAAUAAUAAUGAAAACUUGACUGUGUGUUUUAGCAUUACAAUCAUGUAGCUGUUUUCAUUUUUUAUUAUGUCACACAUAUAUCACAAUUUUGAUAUAAAUGUUGAAAGAGUAUCGCUAAUGUAAUACAAAAUGAUAAUCCGCAUAUGAUGAAUAAUCAUGGAGGAGUUAGGAGUUAGAUUCAGACAUCCAACGAGCUCUGGAGAACACGGGGUUAAUGAUUGAAGGUCAGCGACCUGAUGAACAUCACGGCCGUUUUCAAGACCGCGUACUACAUACUUUCUAAAUCAGUAUGCAGUAUAUACUGCAGACUACGUUCAACAGUAGUAUGUAGUAUGACUGCCAGUUGUCGGUUAUUUUGCGGUAUGCUUGGCUCCGGUUAAACUGGUUUCCAGUUUCCGCUCCUGGAAUGCGGAAGUAAACAACGGCCCAUCUGGAGGUAAACGUCGCUACGGUGUAGUGAAAUAAGCUGACAAGUGCUUCAUUUCGAUUGUCCUUAUUUUACAUGGGACAAAAACAUUUACCUGUGACAUCGGGUCUAAGUUAAUUCAGCGGUAUUUGAUCGUCAUCAAGUCGCAGUGAAUGUAACGGAGACGGAUCUCAAUUUUUGAAGUUCUUGGAGUUAUUUCCGCUCUCUCUGACCAAGAUAUUGACCGAAGAGUGUUCACAAACUUAGAAGAAGUUCUCCAGCGCUUCUCCGGUACGGGGCCGCAGCACACACCCGGAGCAGGGCGCCCGGCUUUUGACAUCCCCACUGCCGUUCUACAGCAUCGUGUCCGGUGUGGGCGACCAGCGAGUGAAAUUACUGAGAGGUUUGGAGUUUCAAAGAGGACAAUCAGAAGACACAUGAAACAUCGUGGCCUAAGAAAGACAGAUCUCUACACCUGUUGCUGAUGAGGAGUUGGACCGUAUUGUAAGCGAAGUCCACAGAAGUGUCCAAACACCGGCUACAAGCUAAUGCGUGGACAUUUGAAUGCUAGAGGUGUGCGUGUUCCAAGUGAGUAUGAUCCGAGCCCAAUAUGAAUAAAUAUAAAUAACCAUGAACUAGGCGCAAGGUCAAUGAGAAUAUAUAUUGUUAAGGUAAGGCUCAUGUAUGUGUGUAUUCUUUUGCAACGUAGCGGCUGAUAUAUCUGAAACUCAUUUCCAGGGUAAAUCCAGAUUUGUAUCCUGUUAUUAUGAAGUUUUAUAUAUCAUGUUGAUGAUAGAUAAGGUGAACUCUGGUCAUUUUUGAGACUGUGGUGGUUUUGUACUGGAUUUACAAAUUCAAACAUUCGAUAUCAAACAUGAAGUUAAUCGAGGUUGUGUCGUUUUAAAACAUGUGGUAUCCAAGGCGUGAACAUUUUGAUGACCUGAAUUUUUAUUUUUUUUAUCCAGGAGCUAAAUGUUGCUGAUGAUCCAUGGUGUUGCCAUUUAUUAUUAUUUAUUUAUUAACACCCUAACACUAUCAAAAUACUUCUAAAUAUUUGAAACUCUGGUAUUUUUUUUCCAGUAUUUCUCAGUUAGAUUUUUAAGUGUUUUUUUAAAUAAAUAGCAAAUGAGUGUAUGAUUAUUUUCUGCUCUAAAGUCUCAAGACUGAGAGUCUUUGCACAGAGUGGAUGCUGAGGGAGUGUACAUGAGACGUCUACGGCUGCAUGUAACAAGACGACGGCAGUAUUCUGUUCCUGGCCCAAACUCUUUAUGGCACAUAGAUGGUCACCACAAGCUUAUAAGGUGGAGAUUUGUUGUCCAUGGUGGGGUGGACGGAUUCAGUCGACUGGUGGUCUACCUGAAUGUGGCUGGCAAUAACAGGGCUAGCACUGUCCUACAGAGCUUUAUCAAUGCCGUUCAGCAGUACGGGCUGCCGUCAAGGGUACGGUCUGAUAAAGGAAGAGAGAAUUCAGACGUAGCAGAAUUCAUGAUCAGGAGCAGAGGUACCAACAGGAACUCUCACAUCACAGGCAGAAGUGUACACAAUCAGCGAAUAGAGAGGAUGUGGAGAGAUGUUUAUGAGCAUGCCCUAGACCUCUUCUAUCAGAUCUUCACUUCAUUGGAAGAUCAGGGAACACUCAAUCCAGACAACCAAGUCCAUCUUUAUGCCCUGCACCGGAUCUUCCUUCCCCAAAUUCAGAGAACCCUCAGCUCCUUCAGAGAUGCUUGGAACUUUCAUGGACUUAGAACUGAAAGGAAUCAAUCACCUAAUGAACUCUGGAGAAGAUACAGAGAGCAAGGCCCCAUGGAGGAUCCUGCAGAGGUUUAUGAAGACUAUGGGAUCGACUGGAAUGGGCCUCACAAUCAGCAUGGAGACACUGUGUCAGUUCCUGAGAUUCAGAUGGCCCGUGAGCUCUCAGAUGAAGAGGUUGCCAUUUUGCCAGUUUCAGGAGUUUCUUUAAAUGAUGCAAUUGGAUCAUAUUUGGAGACAGUGCAAGUUUUGUCAAGAAUCAUUGGAGACUGAUAUCUUAAGCAGGCCUUUUAUUUUAUUUAUUGUGCAAAUGUCACUCAUGAAUUAGUUAACUUGAUUUGUCAAUAAAAAUCUGAAAUAAUAA